CACACACACACACACACACACACACACACACACACACACACACUGUUUAGCAGGCUGGCUCGAGCUCCUCAGGCUGUGUUAAGCCCGUGCCCGGUGCAGGUCGUGAGCGCACGGUGUUCGGUACUGUGUAUCCCCGCGGAUCCGCGCGCGCCAUGCAGAGUUAAUGCUGAACCGGAUCCGGGACCGGAGUAAAAGCUUCCAAGGUUUUGGUGGUAUCAAUGCGGGAUCAGGCAGGAGCCUGUGAAAACUCCGCCCACUCCUCUGCUCUGGUGGCGACAGAUAAAGUAGCGGGGAAGCUGAGUUCGACUCUUUCAUGGGUGAAGAACUCUGUGUCGCACACGGUCAGUCAGAUGGCUAGCCAGGUGGCCACGCCCUCCUCGCUGCACACCACAGCGGGCUCGUCCACCCCCUCGCUGAUCUCGCCGGGCCUCUCGCCCUCCACGCCCUCCCCUGCCCAGCUCAGCCCCGACGAUGUGGAGCUGCUCGCCAAGCUGGAGGAGCAGAACAGGCUGUUGGAGACGGACAGUAAGUCUCUGCGCUCUGUGAACGGGUCUCGGCGGAACAGUGGUUCAUCCCUGGUGUCGAGCUCCUCGGCCUCGUCCAACCUGUCGCACCUGGAGGAGGACUCGUGGAUAUUAUGGGGGCGGAUCGUCAACGAGUGGGAGGAGGUCCGUAAGAAAAAGGAGAAGCAGUUGAAGGAACUGGUCAGGAAAGGCAUCCCGCAUCACUUUCGGGCAAUUGUGUGGCAGCUGCUGUGUAGCGCCCAGAACCUGCCCAUAAAGGAUCAGUACUCAGAGCUGCUGAAGAUGACGUCCCCCUGCGAGAAGCUAAUCCGGCGAGACAUUGCUCGGACCUACCCUGAGCACGAGUUCUUCAAGGAGAAGGACAGUCUGGGCCAGGAGGUUCUGUUCAAUGUCAUGAAGGCGUACUCGCUGGUGGACCGGGAGGUGGGAUACUGCCAAGGGAGCGCCUUCAUCGUUGGGCUGCUGCUCAUGCAGAUGCCGGAGGAGGAAGCGUUCUGCGUGUUUGUGAAGCUGAUGCAGGAUUAUCGUCUGAGAGAACUUUUUAAACCCAGUAUGGCUGAACUGGGCCUCUGCAUGUACCAAUUUGAAUGUAUGAUUCAGGAGCAGUUACCCGAGCUGCACAUGCACUUUCAGGCUCAGAGUUUCCACACCUCCAUGUACGCCUCCUCCUGGUUCCUCACCAUAUUCCUCACCUCCUUCCCUCUACCCGUCGCCACACGCAUCUUCGACAUCUUCAUGUGUGAGGGUUUGGAGAUCGUUUUUCGGGUCGGUCUGGCUAUUCUUCAGAUGAAUCAGGCAGAUCUUAUCCAGUUGGACAUGGAGGGAAUGUUACAGUACUUUCAAAAGGUCGUCCCUCACCAGUUGGACAGUGGACCAGACAAAGUUAUUCAGGUGGCGUACCAAGUCAAAUACAACGCCAAGAAGAUGAAAAAGUUGGAGAAGGAAUACACUACUAUAAAAACCAAGGAGAUGGAGGAACAAGUGGAGAUAAAGAGACUUCGCACAGAGAACAGGCUGCUAAAACAGAGGAUCGAUACGCUGGAGAAAGAAAGUGCUUCCCUGGCAGAUAGAUUGAUCCAGGGUCAGGUGACGCGAGCGCAGGAGGCGGAGGAGAAUUACCUGGUUAAACGGGAGCUGGCCACAGUCAAACAGCAAAGCGAGGAGGUCAGUGCCAAGCUGGAACAGGCCCAAAGCACCAUCCUGCAACUUCAGCUCCAGCAGUCUGCGAAGGGUAAUCCUCGGUACUCAGAGGAGUUCAUCCUGCAGUUGGAGCGGGAGCUGGUCCAGGCCCGGCUAAAGGAGGCGGAGUCUCAGUGUGCUCUCAAAGAGAUGCAGGACAAAAUCCUCGACAUGGAGAAGAGAAACACGUCUCUGCCAGAUGAGAAUAACGUGGUUCGGCUGCAGGAGGAGCUGAUUGGUGUAAAGCUGAGGGAGGCAGAGGCUCUGACAGGCCUUAAAGAGCUCAGACAGCAGGUCCGGAACCUGGAGGAACACUGGCAGAAACACUUGGCCCGGACGGCGGGACGCUGGAAGGACAGCCCGCGGAAAAAUGCAACCAGUGAGCUUCAGGAUGAGCUGAUGAGUGUCAGGCUGAGGGAAGCGGAGGCUCAGGCUGAGCUCCGGGAGACCCGACAGCAGCUACUGGAACUGGAGACACAGAACCAGAUCCACAGUAAUCAGCUGCGCCGGGCCGAGCAGGAGGCCCGCAGCCUACAGGAACGGGUCCAGAUCCUCACCAGCCAGAACAAGACUCUGAACAGUGAGCUGCAGGAGAUCAAGCGCAAGCAGGCCGAGAUCGAGUGCAAGAAUAAAGAGGAGGUAAUGGCGGUAAGGUUGAGAGAGGCUGAUAACAUCGCUGCCAUGGCGGAGCUUCAGCAGCAAAUCUCAGAACUGGAGAUACAGAAGGAAGAGGGGCGUGUCCAGGGGCAGCUGAACAACACAGACUCCAGCCAGUACAUCCGCGACCUGAAGGACCAGAUAUCAGAUCUGAAGCAUGAGAUCCGCUGUUUAAAAGGGCAGAGGGGUUUACCCAACCAGACCAGUUUUGACGGGGUUCACAUAGUCAACCACUACGGUGGCGACGAUGAGUCGUACCAGUCUUCAGAUGAAGAAGCGAUGAAGCUGCCGUCCCACCUGAGCUCCCGUUCAGGUACCGGCCGCAUCACACUCCACCCCCGGCUGGAGGACUCAGACAGCGAGGGGGACGAGGACGGAGAGGGUCUGCGGCUCACUGUGCCCUCUGUGCCCUCCAACAGCAGCCAUAAGACCACCACUGUGUGACCACCUACACUACCAGACUCUAGCAGACCGCCCCCUAAAGUCUGGGAGGCCAACAACACCUGAGAGCUCGUCUUUAUAUAUCCAGGUCCAGAACUGUCCGGAAUCAACUUAUUUGUUUUUAACUACAAAUCCUGAGUCAGCGUCAAAGUCAACACCUGGGAUGAUUAUUAUUAUUUUUUUUUAUUAUUAUUAUUAUUUUUUUUCAUAUCACAUCUGCCUUACCCAUUUUGUUUUUGCCAAAAUGAGUCAGGUGUUCACAUCAGAACUUGUUGUCUGGACUGGAGGGAAUACAAAAACCCUCAAUAUUUAUGAGGGCACAUCGUUUUUGUUAGCCUGUGCUUCAUUCUAGCCGAGAGGAAGUGAUUUGUAUGAUAUGUUAUGAUAUAGUAUAUAGUGUUUUACGCUAGUUUUAUUAUUAUUUUUUUUAAUGAACCCCCUAUGGGUGCCCAUGACUUUUGAGGGAAAUAACAAUAAUAUUAAAGGUUAAGGAACACUAUUCUUCAGAGCAAUGUUGUGCAGAUUGAGAUGUACAACAGUCUCAGAUGACUGUUAAAAGCAAUGACUGUAUACAAGUAUACAUUUUCCUGUAGUCUAUAAAAAUUAAGCCAAAAGAAUUUGCCAUGUUUUCGAAUUUGCAACCAGAGUCUGUCCAGAAGAGCCCAGUGGCACAGCCUACACAGUCAAGCACAGCUAACUAAACUGAUGUUAGCUGGCCACUGAUUUGGUAAUUUAACGGUAACUUUAGUCAGAGUUACCAAAAAAUGAUCAAAGAUUGUGUGUGAUCUGCUGAGUGUUAAUACUGUUAAUGUGAAAAACAGCACAAUAACACCACAUGAUUAAUAACAGUACUGAUCACCUACUAUAUUAAACUACAACUCCUCUAGUUUACUCCAUCUAAUGCAGAUAACCGGUCUUUUCCAGCCAACGCUGUCAAUCACUUUAUCUAUUCCUAAAUGUAGCCCCGCCUUCAUACGACAUAUCAGAAUAAGAUUAUAAUCUGACUUCUGGGAGAAAAUAAAUAUUUGGUAAUAUUUUCACAGGGGAAACUGAGAUGGAAAAUGGGCGGGGCUAGUUUGUUAGUAAAACAUGGGGAAGGCUGUAAACUGCAUCCAGCCAGCAGAGGCGCUAGACCUGUGUUGGCUUCACUUCUGAGAAACGUUGUUGCGCUAACCAUGCUUUAAUACAGUCAUUGCCAGAAAGUGUCAUAUCAACCACCAAGGGUGAAUAACGGCGGGGUCUUGUUUUUUAAUCGUACAGCAUUAAGGCAGUUUCUCGGUCGACUGUUAACUUUACGUAAGAAAUGUCCUGAUGUGAAGAAUCUCACGUCCGUGUAUAUAUGUACAUGUAUUAGAAUUUUUUUUUCAUCACCAUUAUGACUUGAAAUCGUUGUAUCUAAUGCAUAUAUAUUUCAUAUCCUAAGUGUACAGUGUACAAUUCAGUCAAAAGGGACUUUUAUUUUUGUUUUUUGGGAGAUGUUUCAAUGCAAUGUUUGAUGCAAACAGCGCCCCCUACCCUCAGCAGUGUCUUAUCUGUACUGUAACCAUCUCUUGAUUUCAAACAUGGAUUUUUAUAAUCAAAAUAUCAAGUUGUUUCUGUUGCCUGGUAAUUUCUGGUUGUUUGCUUUAAAUAUGUUUUGAGCAUGUUUUAAAAAAGAGCAUGUUUCAGAUCUUACAGACGUAACACAGGGGGUAAUAUGUUCCUCUGUCUUGCCGUAGUUUUCCUCUCAACUCUUCCUGAAGAAGUGCUUAAAACCUUAAAAUCCAACACAGAAAUAAAUACAAGCAAAACUCAGAGACAGUUCUUAUCCAUUUAUUGCAUAUUUGCACAGAAAGUAAUGCAGAGCUUCAAAAGUAUUUGGAAAUUUUCUUUUUUCAUUUUCCUUCAUUCUUUCUUUUUAAUUUGAUGAUUUGUCUUCAGUUUUCAGCAGACCAGGCUAGACCGCGUUUCCUGUUCUGUGUGUUCUGUAUACAUGCAUCUAUCUGUACCAACCAAAAAUGUCUAGACAUUUCUAUUUUCUUUCUUUUUUCAUUUUUUUAAUGCCUCAGUCUGUUCCAACUCUUCAGUUUUCGACAGAUUGGGAAAGAGAGCAUUCAGACUUUUUUCUUUGUUUUUUUUUAGUGCUACAAGUAAUUAAACACUUCAGGUUGUGAGAGAUUAGGCUACACACUGUUCCUGUUCAGCAUUUGUGUAAUCAUGAGACCAUUUCAAGCAACCAAAAGUAUUUGGACAUUCUUUCCCCUCUCUUUUAAUUUCAUGUGUGUCGUGUCAUGUCUCUGUCUACUCUAGCACUUCAGGUUUAAAUCAGGGUGGACCGUGUAACCUACAUCUUUCCCAAGCACCCAAAAAUGAUUGAACAUUUCUUACAUUAUUAAUUUUUAAAUCUUCUGUCUUUGUUUCAGCAGGGUGGACAGGGUGUUCUAUAUACUUGAGUCAAUACAUCUGAAACCACACAAAAUCUUUGGACAGCUUUUUUUUUUAUACUUUAGUGGAUUAUUUUUGUUUUUAUUUGUGUCUCUGGCUCAUCAGAUUAUCAGCAAGAAUGUGAAAAUGUUGAGUUCUGGUGCUGUCUGCUGUUCUCUCUCACCACAAUGCUGAGGACUUCCUGAAGACGCUCUGAACAGGUUCUUUUCUUCUCUCUUUUGGUCUGAUCUGUAGAGAUCUGUUGUGAAUGUUGUGUUGAGCUGAGUGAUAUCCUGCAGCAUUAGUGAACUGCACUCGGUCCGUUCUGUUCUCGAGAUUUGUCGCUGCUUUUAAUAGCGUGCCACGGCGUCCGAAGCUCUGUCUGUAAGCAGUGUUUCCUGUGCUCGGAGGAGUUUAACACGUCUGCCCACACCACUGCUUUCUCUUUACUGCUGGAAUUAAGAGGCUUAAUUUAGGCUUGGCCUUAUUUUAAUGUGUCAUGACUUUCUAUGGUAAAAAAGCAGAGGAAAAAGCAGAGAGCCUUAUAUAGUCCUGCAAAGCAACUCAAAAUACCCCCUGCGGAAUAAAAAAAUAUAUAUACUAGCUGUACAAAUACUUUUGGUGUCCAUUAUCCGGUCUGUCUAUAGCAAGAAAAAGCAGCAGACCAGUAAGUCCAGCGUAGUCCUGCACAGUGUGAAAUUUAAAAAGUAUCUCUAAACUGUCCAAAUACUUUUGGUGCCCCCAGCAGCUGACCAGCAAAGUCCAGCGUAGUCCUGCACAACGGCUCAAAAUAUGCCCUGAAGAAUACAAAAAAUAAAUGCUUAAAAUGCUGACCAUAUAUGAUGAAGACAGCAGCAGACAAUUAAAGCCUAUUGUGCAUAAGCACCAGCGCUCAAAACAGUUUGUCUAAAUACUUUUGGUUCCAUCCUGGUACAUCAUUUACCAAACAUUGCUGUGACUAAAAUGAAGAAAGAAAAUAUAAUACAUUUUACUGUCCAAAUACUUUUGGUGCUUCAAAAUAUGCUGGAUUUUUUCUGAUACAUUACAUAAAUGAAUUCUGAAAUGCUGAACAAAAUUGAGACCUGUUACUGUCCAAAUACUUUUGGAUAAGUGUAUGACAGCCAAGAGAUUUUGCAUUGUAAUCUGAAUGUGAUGAAUGUGAUUGUCCUGACUGUAAAUGCGUAUACAGUGUAUGGAAGGUGCCUUGUGAUCAUUGUGAUAGCAGGACGAGCUGCUCAGCGUACCGUGACUUUUGGCCUUCACCUUAUUUACAGAUCAAACCAAAAAGAUUUGGACGGAGGCACGACAGGAAAACCAGUGUGACUCAAUACCAGUAUAGCCGGCCCACCUGCUGAAAUGGAAAGGACGCUUAUAAUGAAAUGAAUAAUGCUCCUGAUGCACCGAGUCAUUCAGAUACCAGUACCAGAGACCAGUGGUCUAAAACCGUCCAGCUCCGGGGGGUCAGCAUGCUGAGGGCUGUCUGGGACAGGAUGUUUUGGAUGGGAUUGUCACUGGUUAGACUGGUUUGGGUAAUGAUGUACAGUACGGUGCUUAUGACGGAGCAUUAUAACACUAACCUGUAGUCUGGGCCGUCUGUAAGAUUUUCGUAAAUGAGAUUUAUCAAUUGACAAUAAAAAUGCUGUUUAAGAAAAUUCA